GACUUGGGUGAUGACUGCAGUUCUUCCGUUUUUUUCACUGGGUUUUGCUGUUAUAUCAGGAAAGUUCUUUUCAUUACUUGGCGUAUUUGACAGUGAAAUAGGUGAACUUCUGCUUUUCCGUGGUGUGCUGGCUGUGGUGCUGGCUGUAGUUUCUCUGGGUUGUUCUCUGGGUUCUGCUGUUAUAUCAGGAAAGGUCUUUUCAUCACGUGGUGGAUUUGACAGUGAAACAGGUGAUCUUCUGCUUUACCUUGGUGUGCUGGCUGUGGUGAUGGCUGUAGUUUCUCUGGGUUGUUCUCUGGGUUAUGCUGUUAUAUCAGGAAAGUUCUUUUCAUUACGUAGCAGAAAUGCCAGGAAAAGAGGCCAGUUCAUAUUCCCCCGCAAUGCGCUGCACCACACUUUAAGAAUGGCCCCUUUUCUGCCGUGUGAUCGCUUCCCAAAGGUUUCAAGUGCUCUGACUCCAGCAGAGAAGGAGGCUUUGGAGGGUCCAGGUGCUCUGAAUCCAGCAGAGGAGGAGGCCGAGGAGGGUCCAGGUGCUCUGACUCCAGCAGAGAAGGAGGCUUUGGAGGGUCCAGGUGCUCUGACUCCAGCAGAGGAGGAGGCUUUGGAGGGUCCAGGUGCUCCGACUCCAGCAGAGGAGGAGGCUUUGGAGGGUCCAGGUGCUCUGAAUCCAGCAGAGGAGGAGGCCGAGAAGGGUCCAGGUGCUCCGACUCCAGCAGAGGAGGAGGCUGAGGAGGGUCCAGGUCCUCCGACUCCAGCAGAGGAGGAGGCCGAGAAGGGUCCAGGUGCUCCGACUCCAGCAGAGGAGGAGGCUGAGGAGAGUCCAGGUGCUCUGAAUCCAGCAGAGGAGGAGGUUUUGGAGGGUCCAGGUGCUCUGAAUCCAGCAGAGGAGGAGGCUGAGGAGGGUCCAGGUGCUCUGACUCCAGCAGAGGAGGAGGCUUUGGAGGGUCCAGGUGCUCUGACUCCAGCAGAGGAGGAGGCUGAGGAGGGUCCAGGUGCUCUGACUCCAGCAGAGGAGGAGGUGCUCUGA